AUAUAAGUGUAUGCUCAGCACCACGUGUAAUGUAAUUGUCGAUACCACGGUCCCUUGCGAUAUAGAAGACAGUACUAGAGCAACAAAUGGCUCAUAAUACAGUCGGCCAGCCUAGGUGAUUUACCUCCCUCUUUGCAGUCUAGUGCGCGUCGCGAGUCGCGACUGUCAUGUUUGUUUCAUACAUAUUCAGCGCGUUCAGUACUGGUCAAUGCCUAGCAAGCUGGCUUUUUUUGUUCGAACGUAUCCUCAAUGAAUUCCACCGGGAAUCAUACGUUCGAUCCAGCUGCGAGCCGGCCUCCCCUUUUGCUGCGUAAUCUGGACAAAGUGUUCGACUCCGAAGAGAAUGCAGGUCUACUAAACUUUCAAACGUACUCAAAAAGUCAUUUGCAGCGUGCUUGGGACCAUGGGUCGCCAGCUCUGGGGCCCCUUCUCUCUUCAUUGCGUAUGCCUGAUCAUCGGCUAGUAUUGAACGUCACUGGUCUUCGUAAUUCCGACCCUGCUCUCAACCAUCUCUCGCAGAGGCAGCUCCCAGUCGUUUACACCUUUCACUGGUGUACUCUAACUCUCCGAAUGUAUGCCAGAAGUCCGAGAAAGGAAAAGACGCCAAUAUAUGCGCAAAGUGUCACGAGUACAAUUACGGUCAGGCAGUGGAACCAAAGUCAGAUAGAUCUGGCUUUUGACGCAGAACCAUUUGUUAUUCCUGGGCAGACUUUUCUCACUCGAACUACACAAUGUUCUGAAAUCUUGAAGAGUUCAUGGGGUGGUGAAGACAGAUGGGGCGUUGGCCCAAUCGACGCUGUUACUUUCAUGGUUAAGGUCACAUUGUCUAAUUCCCAGGAAGAACAGAAGUUUUACCGCAUCGCUAGUACUUGUCUCUUCGACGACGGCCAGGCAAAGCCGGGCUAUGAUCGGACCUUCGCAUGUACAUCAAGGAGUCUGUAUUGUCGUCCUGACAAGCUGGCGAAUCACUGCUCGAAACCACUUGAUGUCGAUGGUCAUCACCACAUAGGUAAGACCUAUUCACUAGCCUUGAAGUUAGACCUCAAUGUCAAGUGGCAGAACCGUCGUCUGAAACCAGCACACUCAUCACUCGCAUGUGAGGUCUCAUACAUAACACGCGGAGUUCCGGAGUCUGAAGUAUGCCUGGACAACCCUAUAUGCUAUUUCUGCCACAGGAUGUUCGCCAACAGCGAUCGGCUCGUGUUGCACCUGCUACAGUUCCAUCCUGAUGUCGCCUUUUUUGAUAUCGCGGGAGGCGAGGCUGGGGAUAAGCUAUACGUGACGUUCCGCAGAAAUCGACUCAGACAUUUGAAAAAAGGAAGAGUCAUGUUCACAAAGAACACACAAUCGGUAUUUCUGCGACCUGAAGGACCCUUAAAGCUCCAAGACCUUCUUGACGGCAAUGGACCAUGGGUCAAUGCUCAAUUUGAGAUGUCAGUGGACCCUAAACGUACCCCAAAUCCGCCCAGGCAGCCGACCCCUUUGACUUGUCCAACUGCGUCGGCAUCUAAAUCUAUUCGUGCAUCCCAUUCACUUGAAGCGAGUGGCGCGCAGUCCGAGACACAGGGAUCUAUGGUCCAUGAAGUCACCGCUAUUGGAGAAAGAACAGACACAGUACGAACAUUCGUAUCCCCACAAAGUGACGCAGUUCCACUGCCACAGACAUCUAUCCUCCAAAAAGAUACUAUCUCAACAAAAACCGCCACUUCAAAAGAGGAUUCACAUAUAGUACCAAGGAUUGCUUCACCCAUUCACAGAGUCGCUGCUCCGAAUGUACAUCCAGCACCUGAAGUUGCUCAUUCCACUAUAGUCACGAUCUCAGGCCGAAGAAUGGAUUUACUCAGGCAGAAUUUGAACUCCAUGCCAAAUACUGCUGCCUCGAAAAAGGAUGUGAGAUCCACGCCAACAGCCCCUGGCUUUAGUGUAGAUGCAGUAUCGAAGGUUGUCGUCAGUCUCACCCCAGAACAGACAAUACGCUCCAGGUCGAAAACCUCUAUUACAUCCAGCUUAGAGAAGACUACGACGCCACGACCAAAUUCCUUCGUGAGACCCCAGACCGGAGAAGACAUUACUGCUGUGUCAAACAGCGCUGCUACAUCAAACUCCAAGGACGCGAUAUCACUGAAACAAUUGGCUUCAAGAUCCGUUAAUAAUGCUGGCUCGGGUGCAAGUGUGUCUACCGAGUCCGAUUCGAGGGAUAACAGGCGCACGAAGAAGUCAGGAUUUCGAGUCCCGACACCCCCUCCAGGUCGAGUUUACUACAUGGGCAACAACAAAAGACCACUAUCCGCAGGUGAAACUAUCAGUGAUAGCGAGGACGAUACAGAAGUGACUUGUCUUGACUGGCAGGACGCUUCCUAUAAGCACGACGACAAAAUCGGAGCGAAAGAAGCAGAGUUUCUGGAUAUCCACCGAGAACAUAUGCGCUUGGAACGUCUAUGUGCUGGUUACUACUUUAAGGGUGCAAUCUAUCGACUCGUUGUACAGGAAGGACCACGUUUUCUACGAAGGGGUCUCAUGUCAGAACUCAUUUCGACGCUUCGUGACUACGGGCGCCGUAGAGUAAUCUCUGCAGAUACACUCCGGCUUUGUCUGGCCCGUAUCAAGGCUAUGCAAGAUGCUGCACGUGAUGAAGAGACACAGGUCCAAGUCGACGCGGCCACAACUGAAUCUACAGAUUCGUCUACAGUGAGAUGCGCUCCUUCGAUUCGUUCACGCGCAAUGCGCACGUCGAGCAAUCCACCACAUGGAUUGCUCGACUCUAGCGUCUGUCAAAAAGGUGUUACUGAGCGUGUGUAUGCAGGUCAUGUAGGUUCAGACGCCGCGCGUACGUUCAGAUCAUCAGAUAGUAUUAUCAUUUCUGAUCCUGCUUCCCUCAACAUGGGUCCAGCUGCUCCGAAUAGCGGUUAUUGGGAGACCUGUGGUGCUUGCAAAGAGAAGCGACCACAAAAUGAUCACGAUCCGAAGCAACGGAAAAGUGAUCGUUAUUGUAACCUAUGCUGUGCUCAGGGGAGUCGUAGUCUCUGUGCCAAGUGCAGAGUCAUUCCAUGCGUAAGUGACCGCUACUCUGGUGGUUCGAUCACAGACUAUUGUGACAUCUGCAAGGCCAGAGGCCAUGUUCUGACGACUCUCGAAAGCCAAGAGGCGCUCUCAAGUAGUACACCUGAAGCUUCUCACAAGAAGCAGAGCGCGGCAUCCAAAGGACCAGCCACGCAUUCUCACAAGGAUCAGGAGGUGAAUCAAAAUGGUACUUUCAGUUCACGCGGAAAUUGGGGAGUAUCUCAAAGCACUACAGCCAAGGGCUUUCGUGAAAGUCAAAGAUUGUCGGCGGAUGGUUCACACAGUACUCCUCUCGUGGUCUCACCGAAAAAUCAGCUCGCAAGUGCUACAGGUCGACCGAUUGUAGUAUGGGACUCUGAUGAUGCCAAUGCAGAGUUGGAUACUAAUGAUGAGAGUCGACCCACAUGCACAGCAAAUGGAGCAGGACAAAAGAAGGAUUCUAGCCGAACUCUCGAGGAGCUUAAAGUCAACGUCACAAAUACUGAGACUAGUUCUGGUGACCAACAGCAGGCUGUGUCAGCUGUCAAGUCACUACCAGCAACGAAGGUCCAAGAACGAUCGAAGAAGUCUGUUCCUAAACCAGCUAAUGUUGCGAAUGGACCCGGAAGUGUUCCAAUAGUACGCAGAGUGGCUCCUCUAACGAAAGAUGUUAUAUCUACGCGGAAUGAGGGACCUACACUCAACGGAUCAGAUAACGUUCCCACACUUAGUUUCGGUUGUGCACCUCCGGAAGGACGUUCAAAGACGAAUGGUGUAGCAAAAUCAUCAUCAGGAGAUGGCGGUCAUGGUUCCAGACUUCAUCCACAGCCAGAGCAAACGACCUCUUCAAGAGUCGACGACCAUAGACUACAUGUGACACUCCCAAUACAAAAUUCUCCCAGAAUCACACAGCAGCAAGGCGUACGGACGAAAAGCAAGAAGUUUACAAGUGACGCCACUAAGCCAUCAAGUCAGGGUUCUAGGAUGAACUCUGAUUAUUUGCGUGAGUUGCGAACAGAAGCAAUAAAAAAUACAGCUCGCGAUCAGACUAGUGGUGGAAAGCGCCUCGCCUCAACGAAGGAUACGACCAGGAAACGAACAAUAAACGAGGUUGCUUCUGCGACUCUGGGCCUUAGCUGCAUAGCUUCAAUUCCCCUAAACGCCAAGAAACCAAGGAAGCAGAAGUCGAACGACACUGCUGCUAUUCCCUCGGCUGGCGACCUUGAGCCCAGGCUCCCCAAAAAGGCCAAAACACAGAGCGCAACAAUGCCCGUUGACGAGGCAUUCCGAUCCACGCAGAGAAAGGAAAAACAGACACGGAACAAGCACACUGUGCUUGAUCACCCACGGGACGACGAAGCGGUAGAAAACCCCGGUAUGUCGACGCGAUCGAGAGAUGGUAAUAAUAAAGGACUCCAGAAUGUUACUCAGGAUUCGUGGCUCAGCAAUGUCAUCAAUGGGCGCAGUUAAGCUUUCCUUGAGCCUGCCUCGACACGCAUAGCUUGAUUUUUCGAACUCAAUAGGGUCUGCAUAAUAGCCUGUAUGUUUCGGCGUCUUCGUUCAUGAAGCCUAGGACUUUUUUACUCGUCAGCAUUUUCUUUUUCAUAUCUCGCAUCGAGUCAUCAGCAUACGAAUAGAAACGGAGCUUCAAAGUUUUCACCCUUGGGGUUUUUCCUCCCUUUGCACUCUAGUGGUUUUCCAAUUGAAAUGGGAAUCACCGGCGUGUCAUAAAAGCAAGUAGGCAUAAACAGCAGGGGCUUGGUAAUGCCGAGUAUAUAAUAAUAGGUUCAGCAAAAUGAUACGCAGCAGUUUUGUCCAUUCUUCUCUUCGCUCU